AUGUUCAUGAAAGAGGGGACGAGAGGUCAGCUCCUCACAGAGAGCAGCCUCCACUGGGGCACGGGACUGGGGCAGUUGGACAGAUUAGAGAAAUGUUUGAGUCAGCAGAGCCCAAAGAGGAUUACAGCAGCGGCCAAUUAUAAGCACUCCAAACGCUGUGCGCUUCUGCGGUGUGGAAGCAGCGGCGAUUUCGUGUCUCUCACUUGGGACAGGACCACUGCCCACAGACGACUGCAUUUGUCAGACGAUAAUCGAACAGCCACUCUGCUCGGCGAGACAGAGACGUACCCCAUCCACCAGUAUCGCCCCCAAAGCACACAGGUCCUGGGCUCCACGCCUCUGACCGGCCGCUGCUACUUUGAGGUGCUCUGGUACGACUGGGUAGACAUCUCUUUGGCCCAUAAACCUACGACCAACACUGACAGGAGACGAACACUCCAGGAGACCUUCACCCAGCCGCUGUUCCCAGGUUUCGGGGUGUGGGUGGUGUAUGCUCAACGGUCAGUGGGUAACUCUGGGACUCUGCUGUCAUCCCCCCCGGAUUUCCCCAUAGAAGUUACCUCCAAGCAGAAAGGCAGUCACAGUUAG